AUGAGGUUCUUCUGGGGGCUGAUCUGGGCCUCCAGCUUCUUUGCCUUGUCUCUGCAGAAACCCAGAUUGCUCCUAUUUUCUCCUUCUGUGGUUCACCUUGAGGUUCCCCUAUCAGUGGGGGUGCAGCUCCAGGAUGUCCCCCUGGGCCAAGUAGUGACAGGAUCAGUGUACCUGAGAAACCCAAGCAACCCUAAAAUCAAUCUCCGCUGCUCCCCAGAGGUGGGCUUCACACUCAGCUCAGAAAAAGUCUUCGUACUCCUCAGCCUCCAGAUCCCCCUGAAAGAUACCAAGAUCUGUGGCCUCCAUGACCUCCGCAGAGGCCCUGAGGUACAGCUAGUGGCCAAGUCAUCAUGGCUGAAGGACUCUCUGUCCAGAAAGGUCGACACUCAGGGUGUCAACCUGCUCUUCACCUCUCGCCGGGGACACCUCUUUCUGCAGACUGACCAGCCCAUUUAUAACCCUGGCCAGCCGGUCUGGUACCGGAUCUUUGCACUGGAUCAAAAGAUGCGCCCGUCCACGGACCCCCUCACGGUCACUGUGGAGAACUCUCAGGGCCUCCUCGUACAGAAGAAGGAGGUAUUCUCUGCCACAUCCAUCUUCCAGGACAACUUUGUGAUCCCAGACAUCUCAGAGCCAGGGACUUGGAAGGUCUCAGCCCGAUUCUCAGGCGCCCCGGAAUCCAACAGCAGCACCCAGUUUGAGGUGAAGAAAUACGUUCUUCCCAACUUUGAGGUGAAGAUCAUCCCUGAAAAGCCCUACAUCCUGACAGUGCCUGACUUUCUUGAUGAAAUCCAGCUAGACAUCCAGGCCAGGUACAUCUACGGGAAGCCAGUGCAGGGGGUGGCAUAUGUGCGCUUUGCGCUCCUGGGUGAGGAUGGUGGGAAGACGUUCCUUCGGGGGCUGGAGAGUCAGACCAAGCUGGUGGAUGGCCAGAGCCACAUUACCCUCACAGAGGCCGAGGUCCAGGGGGCCCUGGCGAAGCUUAAUAUGCGUGUUACUGACCUUCUGGGGCUGCGUCUCUACGUUGCAGCAGCCGUCAUUGAGUCUCCAGGUGGGGAGCUGGAGGAGGCCGAGCUCACAUCCUGGCGUUUUGUGUCAUCUCCCUUCUUCUUGGAUCUUAGCAACACCAAGCGCCAUCUUGUGCCUGGGGCCCCCUUUCUGCUGCAGGCUCGGGUCCGUGACAUGUUGGGCUCUCCAGCUGCUGAUGUUCCUGUCAAAGUUUCUGCUGAGUUGUCUUCUCCUGGGCCUGCUUCUAAAACCCAGGACUUUCAGCAGAAUACAGAUGGGAGUGGCCAAGUCAGCGUUCCCAUCAAUAUCCCUCAGACCACCCAAGAACUGCGGCUCUCCGUGUCCGCAGGCUCCCCUCAUCCUGAUGUGGCCAGGCUCACAGUGACAGCCCCACCCUCACAAGGCUCUGCAUUUCUGUCUAUUGAGCGGCUGCAUCUUCGGCCCCCUCGAGUUGGGGACACUCUCAACCUGAACCUGAGAGCCGUGGGCGUCAGUGGGGCCACCUUCUCUCAUUACUACUACAUGAUCCUGUCCCGGGGUGAGAUCGUGUCCAUGCACCAAGAGCCCAGAAGGGCCGUGACCUCAGUCUCCGUGUUUGUGGACCAACGCCUGGCACCCUCCUUCCACUUCGUGGCCUUCUACUACCAUGGGAGCCUCCCUAUUGCCAACUCCCUGCGAGUGGAUGUCCAGGCCGAGGCCUGCGAGGGCAAGCUGGAGCUGAACGUGGAUGGUGCCAAGGAGUAUCGUCCUGGGGACACUGUCAAGUUCCACCUGCAAACAGACUCCCCGGCCCUGGUGGCGCUAGGAGCUGUGGACAUGGCCCUGUAUGCUGUGGGCAGCAGGUCCCACAAACCCCUCAACAUGGGCAAGGUCUUCGAAGUUAUGAACAGCUAUGACCUGGGCUGUGGCCCUGGUGGCGGGGACACCGCCCUUCAGGUGUUUCAGGCCGCGGGUCUGGCUUUUUCUGAUGGAGAACACUUGACCUCACCCAGAAAGAGUCUGAGCUGCCCCCAGGAGAAAACUCGGAAGAAGAGAAACGUGAACUUCCAAAAGGCCGUUAGUGAGAAGUUGGGCCAGUAUACUUCCCCAACAGCCAAGCGCUGCUGCCAGGACGGGCUGACCCGGCUGCCCAUGGUACGCUCCUGUGAGCAGCGGGCGGCCCGUGUGCCACAGCCGGCCUGCCGGGAGCCUUUCCUGUCCUGCUGCCAGUUUGCUGAGAACCUACGCAAGAAGGCCCAUGCCACGGGCCGGGUGGGCCUUGCCCGAGCCAUGCAGAUGCUGCAGGAGGAGGAACUGAUAGAGGAAGAUGACAUCCCUGUGCGCAGCUACUUCCCCCAGAACUGGCUCUGGAAAUUGGAGACAGUAGACCACUCCAAGACAUUGAAACUGUCGCUCCCCGACUCGCUGACCACGUGGGAGAUCCAUGGCGUGAGCCUGUCCCAGAGCAAAGGCCUGUGUGUGGCUACGCCAGCACGACUGCGAGUGUUCCGCAACUUCCACCUGCAUCUCCGCCUGCCCACCUCCAUACGCCGCUUUGAGCAGCUCGAGCUGCGGCCCGUGCUGUACAACUACCUGGAUACAAACCUGACUGUGAGCGUCCACGUGGCCCCAGUGGAGGGGCUGUGCCUGGCUGGGGGCGGAGGGCUGGCCCAGCAGGUGCUGGUGCCUGCUGGCUCUGCCCGGCCUGUGGCCUUCUCCUUGGUGCCCACGGCAGACGCUGCUGUGUCCCUGAAGGUGGUGGCUCGAGGGUCCUUCGAUUUCCCUGUGGGGGAUGUAGUGUCUAAGGUUCUUCAAAUUGAGAGGGAAGGGGCCAUCUUCAGGGAAGAGAUUGUCUAUGAGCUCAACCCCCUGGACCACCGAGGCCGCACCUUGGAAAUUCCUGGAAACUCUGAUCCCAAUAUUAUCCCCGACGGAGAUUUCGGCAGCUUUGUCAGGGUCACAGCCUCAGAUCCGCUGGACAGUUUGGGCUCUGGGGGGGCCUUGUCCCCAGGCGGCCUGGCCUCCCUAUUGAGGCUGCCCCAGGGCUGCGCAGAGCAAACCAUGGUCUACCUGGCUCCCACACUGGCUGCUUCCCACUACCUGGACAAGACGGAACAGUGGAGCACCCUGCCCCCAGAGACCAAGGACUACGCUGUGGAUCUGAUCCAGAAAGGCUACCUGCGGAUCCAGCAGUUCCGGAAAUCAGAUGGUUCCUACGGGGCUUGGUUACACCGGGACAGCAGUACCUGGCUCACAGCCUUUGUGCUGAAGGUACUGAGUUUGGCCCAGGAGCAGGUGGGCGGCUCACCUGACAAGCUGCAGGAGACAGCCUCGUGGCUGCUGUCCCAGCAGCAGGCUGACGGUUCCUUCCGGGACCCCUGUCCCGUGAUCCACAGGGGCAUGCAGGGAGGCUUGGUGGGGGUUGAUGAGACUACAGCGCUCACAGCCUUUGUGGUCAUCGCCCUUCAUCAUGGGCUGGUCGCCUUCCAGGACAAGAGUGCCGAGGGGUUGAAGAAAAGAGCGGAAACCUCCAUCUCACAUGCAAACUCAUUCUUGGGGAAGCAAGUGAGUGCUGGGCUCCUGGAGGCCCACGCGGCAGCCAUCACGGCCUACGCCCUGACGCUGUCCCAGGCCCCCGAAGAUCUACAGAAUGUGGCCCACAACAACCUCAUGGCCAUGGCCCAGGAGGCUGGCGAUAACCUGUACUGGGGCACAGUUGUCGGGUCUCAGAACAACGUCGUGUCACCCACCCUGGCUCCUCGCAACCCGUCAGACCCUGUGCCCCGGGCCCCAGCCCUGUGGAUUGAAACCACGGCCUAUGGCCUGCUGCACCUGCUGCUUCGGGAGGGCAAGGCCGAGAUGGCCGACCAGGCUGCAGCCUGGCUCACACACCAGGGCAGCUUCCAGGGGGGAUUCCGCAGCACCCAGGACACGGUCAUUGCCCUAGAUGCCCUUUCUAAAUACUGGAUCGCCUCCCACACCACCGAGGAGAAGACGCUCAAUGUGACCCUCAGCUCCACCGGCCGCAGUGGCUUCAAGUCCCUUGUGCUCCAGCUGAACAACCGCCAAAUCAAGGGCCUGGAGGAGGAGCUGCAGUUUUUCUUGGACAGCAAGAUUAAUGUGAAGGUGGGAGGAAACAGCAAAGGAACCUUGAAGAUCCUUCGUACCUACAAUGUCCUGGACAUGAAGAACACGACCUGCCAGGAUCUUCAGAUUGAAGUGACAGUCAUGGGCCACGUUGAAUACAUGAUGGAAGCAAACAAGGACUACGAGGACUAUGAGUAUGACGAGCUUCCAUCCAGGGACGACCCAGGCGCCCAUUUGCAGCCCGUGACACCCCUGCAGCUGUUUGAGGGACGGAGGAACCGCCGCAGGAGGGAGGCACCCAAGGUGGCAGGGGAGCAGGAGUCCCGGGUGCAGUACACCGUGUGUAUCUGGCGGAAUGGCAAGGUGGGGCUCUUUGGCAUGGCCAUCGCAGACAUCACCCUCCUGAGUGGCUUCCACGCCCUGCGGGCUGACUUGGAGAAGCUGACCUCCCUCUCUGACCGUUACGUGAGUCACUUUGAGACCGAGGGGCCCCACGUCCUGCUCUACUUCGACUCGGUCCCCACCUCGAGGGAAUGCGUGGGCUUUGGAGCCGUGCAGGAGGUAGCGGUAGGACUGGUGCAGCCAGCCAGUGCGGCCCUGUAUGACUACUAUAACCCCGAGCACAAAUGUUCUGUGUUUUAUGGAGCACCAAGUAAGAGCAAACUCCUGUCCAAAUUGUGCUCUGGUGAUGUCUGCCAGUGUGCUGAGGGGAAGUGCCCUCGCCAGCGCCGCGCCCUGGAGCGGGGGCUGCAGGAGGAGGAUGGUUACAGGAUGAAGUUUGCCUGUUACUACCCCCGUGUGGAGUACGGCUUCCAGGUGAAGGUUCUCCGAGAAGACAGCAGAGCUGCUUUCCGCCUCUUUGAGACCAAGAUCACCCAAAUCCUGCACUUCUCCAAGGAUGCCAAGGCCACUGUUGGUCAGACCCGAAACUUCCUGGUUCGAGCCUCUUGCCGCCUUCGCUUGGAGCCUGAGAAAGAAUAUUUGAUCAUGGGUCUGGAUGGGGCCACCUACGACCUCAAGGGAGACCCCCAAUACCUGCUGGACUCAAAUAGCUGGAUUGAGGAGAUGCCCUCGGAGCGCCUGUGCCGGAGCACCCGCCAGCGGGCAGCCUGUGCCCAGCUCAGUGACUUCCUUCAGGAGUAUGGCACUCAGGGAUGCCAGGUGUGAAGUGGCUUUCCACCUCCCCAGAAGGAGUCUGCUCCAGGGAAAGGCGGGGCCUGGAGGUGCUGCGGCUUACUCUGAACACAGCCCCAGGGCAAGGCAGGGGCAUAAUAAAGGCGUUUGGCAGCAAAGUGUCAAUGU